UGAUUUGUCACACAACUUCCUGUCUGCACGCGAGAACUCUGGUUUGGAUGUAUUCUUUGGUUUUAAUGCUUGUGUCUUUGCUUAUGUAACCUGUUUUAUUUUUUUUUUAUGCGUUGCACUUAAAUAAAACCAAAAAAGUGCUUCUUCGAGGCGACAAUUAACCUCAAACGCUUUUAUCGGUGCGACUUUCCAACUCACUUAGCUAACUUUCGUUUAGCACGUCGCGAGGACAAGAAUAAACUACAGUCUAACGUUCGCCACGGAUAACUCAAGCACGCAUCUAGUUUCGGCAAAGGCUGAAGAUGAGGAGGUCUAAAGCUGGCGGAAACGUGGAGACUCGUCGGCAGAACGGCUCCUCUAAUCAGUUAGCUGAUCAUCGUGAGGGGGAAGACGCUAACGGUGACUCCAGCUCGGCUGCUCAGCAAGACGACGAGGAUGAAAUUAACAAACAGGGCCAGAGGAGAGAGAUAAGGAGCAAGUACCGAGACCUCAUCAACUCAGUACAACAAAACAGGGAAGAUAUGCUGAGUCCAUCUAACAACAAGCUCACAGAAGUUUUGGAAGAGGCCAACAAACUUUUUAAAGAUGUUCGACAGCCGAGGGAAGCAGCGCUCGAUGCCAAGCUCCUUGUCGCAGCCACAGACCUGGGAAAAGAGAAAGCCAGCCAGCUGUUUUCUGAGGGGAGCACGUUUGAUCCUACUGUAUUUACUGAGCACCUUCUGUCCUUCAUGGGUCUGAACCGACUUGAAGAUGAGGAGGAUGAUCAUCAGAAUGAAGGUGAGGGCUAUCUGCCCAAAGACGCUUGGCACAGACUGGCCCAGAGAACAGAGAGCUGCUUUAAGACCGCACCUUCUUUCCACUACAUGAUGGGAUCCUUCCAUGCAGAACCACCUCCUCCAAAGCAGAGAACAGAGCGGCAAAGAAGAGCUCCCAAUAAGGAAGCCAAAAGAAUGAUGCCCACUCAGUUAAAGAAAAUGGAAGAAUCCCAUCAAGAAGCAACAGAGAAAGAAGUGGAACGAAUCCUUGGAUACCUGAAGCGUUACUACCAAGAUGAUUCCUCAUCACCAAUAUCGUACUACGAGUUCGUCAUCGAUCCCAAAUCGUUUUCCCGGACAGUUGAGAACAUUUUCCACACGUCUUUUCUAAUCAGGGACGGUUUGGCCCGGAUGUAUCUGGACGAUGACGAGUUGCCUUGUAUACAGCCUGUGGAGGAGGGGGAGAUAGAAGAUGCAAGCACUUCCACACGAAAUCAGUGCAUCGUUUCUAUCAGCCCGAAGAUAUGGAGGGAGCUCAUAGAUGCGUUUGAGAUCAAGGAGACAAUAAUUCCACCUCCAGAGACACAGAAUGACUGAUGCUGCUUUUGUGUUUUUUAAAGUUUUCUUCUGGAUUUUCUGUCAUAUUCAAAGACUUUUUAUAUUUGACCAAGUUUUUUUUUAAAAAAAAGCAGUCUGCUCUGAUUUUAUCCUCUGUGAUUAUUUCUUACAUUUUCCAUGUGGAAUAUUUUUCUUCACAUUUAAAUACAACGUGUCUUAAACCGGCUCUCCCACAAAAGUGAGCUCAAAUAUCACCACAAGGUUACUGUGUUUUUAUCCCGUUAGUCAGGCUUAGCCUCUUGGAAAUGUUCUGCACUUUCUUUACACAAGUUGUGUUCUGUAAAGUAAAGUAAUUGUUUUGUAUUUAUGCUUUUGCUUAUUAAACACCCCAAAUUCUUCA